AUGUUGGCCCCCCAAACUCCCGUCACCCCCUCGCGCCACAGCCCCGUUCCUCCGGAACUUCUCUCCGAGCACGAGCAGGCUCUAGCUUCGCAGGGCAAGCGCCUCUUUGCGCCACUGCUGGAGCAGCGGCGCGACGCGGACCGCAAGAUGCUCGAAGAGCGCGAGCGCGAGGCCCAGCUUCUCGCCGAAGUCGAAAGCAUCCCCGCAGUUCCCAACGUCAACAAGCCACUCCCGCUCUUCCCGAAGUGCACGAGCAGACACCGCACCUCCGCGUUCUUCUCCUACCAGGACGCGCUCCAGGAGCGCGCGCGCCAGGAGGAACGUGCCAGGGUGCGCAACCUGAGCUCCUCGAGCCUGGGGCGCAGCACGCCCGCGCUGACGCGCUCCUCGACGGCGAGCUCGCGCCCGAUUCCCAGCCGCUCGAACUCGGGGCACUCGUUCACGACGUCGUCGCACCCGUGCACGCCGUCGCCGGCCACCCCCUCGCGCUCGAGCCCGACCACACCGUCGCGCAAGACGCGCCCCGCGGGGCCGCCGAACGCGCUGUUCCGGUACACCGACGAGGAGGCGUUCCACCCGAACGUGAACAUGUACAUGCGCGGCCCGCACGCGCGCUCGUGCGGCAACCUGUUCGACACGCCGCAGAACCCGCGCUUCCAGACGCGGCACGUGACGUUCUCGGUGCCCUGCUUGCCCAGCCAGCCGAAGCCCGUUGAGAAACCUUCCCUCGUCAGACGCCUCACGAACAGGAUCCGCACCAUCAGUGGCCUUCGCAAGAACAAGAAGGUCCCCAAGCACAACUAG